AUAAAAUAUUGUUUGUAUAAGCUUAGCCAGUCCCACACAUUGUUCCUUCCUCUUGCAGUUUAGCUGGAGUAUUUUUAGCAAUGAAACAACUGGGCUCCUAAAAAAAGACCCGGGAGAGAGUCAGAGGGCUACUGCUAUGUAAGGUAUCCCCCCUCAAUGCCCUGUGCUUUGUCUCCAGCCAAAAGAGAGACAGAAACAGUAAGGGAGACAGAGAAAGAGAGCAAGAGGCUGAACAGAACUGAGUUUCCAUUGGAAAGCUUAUCUGAUCUGAGUGUGUGAGAAUCCUAGUAGUGUGUGUACAAGAUUAAUACCUGUGCACUUGUGUAGUAGUGACAGCGAUGAGAACACCCUGGUUGGUAGUGCUUGUGUGUUUGAGCUUGGCAGCUCUUGCCUGGACCAGGAAAGGCCUGGAGUUCCCCCGCUAUGAUGGCAAGGACAGAGUGUUGGACAUCGAUAACAAAAACUACCGCAAAGCUUUGAAGAACCACCAGAUGCUAUGCCUGCUCUACCAUGCACCAGCUCCAACCAGCAAGGAGCUGCAGAAACAGUUCCAAAUGACUGAACUUGUGCUGGAGAUGGCUGCUCAGGUCUUGCAGGAAAAAGACAUCGGAUUUGGAAUGGUUGACUCUGAGAAAGAUGCCAAGGUCGCUAAGAAACUAGGUCUACAAGAAGAGGGCAGCGUCUAUGUUUUUAAGGCAGAUCGUGUAAUUGAGUAUGAUGGACUACUUUCUGCAGACAUCCUUGUGGAGUUUCUGCUGGACCUGUUGGAUGAUCCAGUAGAGGUCAUUGAUAAUGCUUUAGAGCUGCAGGCUUUUGACCGGAUGGAAGAGGACAUUAGAGUAAUCGGCUACUUCAAGAAUCCGGAGUCAGAGCAUUUUCUGGCUUUCAAUGAAGCUGCCGAGCAGUUCCAUCCAUUCAUCAAAUUUUUUGCCACCUUUGAAAAAUCUGUAGCGAAAGAGUUGACUCUUAAGAUGAAUGAAGUAGACUUCUAUGAGCCCUUCAUGGAGGAAGCAGUCACCAUUCCAGACAGACCCCAUACUGAAGAGGAACUUGUGGCAUUUAUCAAUGAGCACAGGAGAUCAACACUACGAAAACUGAGAGCUGAGGACAUGUUCGAGACUUGGGAAGAUGACCUGGACGGCUUUCACAUUGUAGCCUUUGCAGAAGAGGAGGACCCAGAUGGCUUUGAGUUCUUGGAAAUUCUGAAAGAAGUUGCACGAGACAAUACACAGAACCCUAACUUGAGUAUUGUCUGGAUUGAUCCUGAUGACUUCCCUCUACUACUUCCAUACUGGGAGAAAAUAUUUAAAAUUGACCUCUUCAGGCCUCAGAUUGGAAUAGUUAAUGUCACAGAUGCGGACAGUGUGUGGAUGGAGAUAGAUAGUGAUGAGGAUUUGCCCUCUGCUGAGGAACUUGAGGACUGGAUAGAGGAUGUGCUUUCUGGAAAGGUUAAUACUGAAGAUGAUGAUGAUGAUGAUGAUGAUGAUGAUGAUGAUGAUGAUGAUGAUGAUGAUGACGACGACGACGAUGAUGAUGACGAUGAUGAUGACGAUGAUGAUGACGAUGAUGAUGACGACGACGACGAUGAUGAUGAUGAUGACGAUGAUGAUGAGUAACCUACAAACAUGAAUUCUGUUGAGUCAAAACUUGCCUUUUACUCGCUCAAGGACAUCUAUAUCCUGUAUGAACACCUUAGUACCAUAAUCAUUUUGCACAUUUUUGUGCACAAUCUUACUAAAUAUCAAACUUUCGCAAUAAACUGAACUCAGUGUCCAAAAAUUACUGGCAGCAUUAAUAUAUCUGAAAUAUAAAUAACUUGCUCAGGCUGAAUUAAAAGAAAUACUCCAAAAUAAACACCAUGCUUCAGGGAUCCUUUAGAGCAGUAAAUAUUUGUAAUGGUAAAAAAAAUUGUGCCGAUUUAAACUUGAAAAUAAAUCAAUUAAUUUUAAUAAUUAUAAAA